GGGUCUCUGUCCUGCCAUGCUGAUGCCCAGCAAGCCCAUCAAUCGUAGGUGCUUCCCAAGUUUGGACAUGAAAGGUGGUGUGAUAACUGUAGGAAACAGCUCUAAGUUUGACGAUGGAAUCAGAAACAUCAGAAACGCCAAGGAUCUUGUGGAUGGAGUAAAGAACGCCACUGUGGUUAUUGAGACUCGUCAGGUGGUGAUGAAAAUCUUUGAGGAUUACACACAGUCCUGGUACUGGAUCAUCAUAGGGAUGGUUAUUGCCAUACUCACCAGUCUGCUAUUCAUCGUCCUCCUGCGCUUCCUGGCCGGCAUCAUGAUCUGGGUCAUGAUUGCCAUGGUGAUACUGGUGAUUGGAUACGGUAUUUUCCACUGCUACAUGGACUUGAAGGCGAACCAGGCGCUAAUGUGACUCUGCAGGAACUGGACUUCCAGACAGACUUCUCUGUCUACCUGCAGAUCAGACAGACCUGGCUGGCCUUCAGUCAGUACAAACCCAAACUACAACAUGCUCUCAGACUCAUAAGCCUUUUACUGCAAAUGCUCAUGAGAAAUUCAUAUUUAACCUUUUUGUUUGUUACCCUCUAAAUUUGAGUGUUGUGCUUUAUUUCACGUGUUUGGUUUUCAGAUUAACGAAAGUGUCCGUACACUUAACAGAAAAAUG